GUGGGCGGCCUGCGCCGCCGCCACCAAUCUCCGCCGGCCUGCAGGCUCGGCCGUCUGCUGGGCCUCGGUGGCGCGGAGUCGGGGCGCGUGGGGUUUGGGGGCUCGAGGCCUGCGGAGUUGGGGCGUUUGGGGGUGCAGGCUCUGCAGAGGCCUGGGGGCUGCAGGGCCCCCGCGUGACCCUGGGGUGGGUUGGGGAGCGGCCGUCGCCACGCGGGACGGCCCCAGCCUCCAGGAACUGGUGCGGGCGGCGGGUUUCCUCCGGCUCGGCCCACUUGGGGCUCCCCACUAGUACGGUGCAUUUAUUCUUUCCGUUGCCCACGCAGCACUUCAUUCAUUCGGUUCUUACGUCUGGAACCGCCACUGGCCUCUGGCAGAAGCUCGCGUUCCAGCGUGGGGCACAGGUCCUAGACGCGCCGACCCAGGCGGCGGCUUUGUUGGCUGCGGUGUCUGGUUGAGUGCGGGCCGCUGCAGAGCCGCAGUGCUGUGGGGAACAGUGAAGAGCAGCGAAAAGCUUAUGUUUUCUUUUCCAGUUUGAGUCUAGUGGUGAAGUCUUGGGUCUCUUACGGACUUCUGGGUGACCAAGGCAUGUGUUCUGGAAGACUCGAACCUAAAAUAUGAUUAUUGGUGCUCUCUUAUCCUCUAAAUUGGGCCAGGAUUUCAUGACUUUCACCGGUACAAUUUAUCUAGUUAUUAACUUAGUUUUCUGAACUGUGAAAAAAUUGCUGGCAGAGCUGUGAAUCCAGCGUAAAUACUAGCAGUCCUGUAGCGACUUUUUUCGUUUUACUAAGCAAGAGCACAACUAUUUCCUAAUUAGUAAAAACUGAAAGAGUUAUAUUUUGCUUUAAAGUAACAUUUCAAAAUCUAUUUCGACCCAUCAUUGUGUCCUUUGAUCUUCACACAGCAGGUAUCAUCUGCAUUUUAUGGAUGAGGAAGAAACCGAUGCUCAAAGAGAUGAGGCAGUUUCUGCCAGGCCACUCUCUGACACUCAUGAGGACCAUGAUACUUCCACUGAGAAUACAGACGAGUCCAACCAUGACCCUCAGUUUGAGCCAAUAGUUUCUCUUCCUGAGCAAGAAAUUAAAACACUGGAAGAAGAUGAAGAGGAACUUUUUAAAAUGCGGGCAAAACUGUUCCGAUUUGCCUCCGAGAACGAUCUCCCAGAAUGGAAGGAGCGAGGCACUGGUGACGUCAAGCUCCUGAAGCACAAGGAGAAAGGGGCCAUCCGCCUCCUCAUGCGGAGGGACAAGACCCUGAAGAUCUGUGCCAACCACUACAUCACGCCGAUGAUGGAGCUGAAGCCCAACGCAGGUAGCGACCGUGCCUGGGUCUGGAACACCCACGCUGACUUCGCCGACGAGUGCCCCAAGCCAGAGCUGCUGGCCAUCCGCUUCCUGAAUGCUGAGAAUGCACAGAAAUUCAAAACAAAGUUUGAAGAAUGCAGGAAAGAGAUCGAAGAGAGAGAAAAGAAAGGUGACGUGGUGCCAUGGGUUGGGGGGCUUCUUUGCAGACUCACUCUGCAUCUGACUAUACUUCCAGGCGGGUGCUUUUUCUGUCUGCCAGAUAAACAUUCCAGGGUGCUGUGGCCGCCUCACGUAUCCAGGGUGAUGCAGCUCCCUGGGGACACAGGUGCUUCCUGGGGAGCCCUGAGCACUUGUCAGUGUUGCUGGCCUCAGUCCAAUUGGGCAGGCAUUGGAGUCCGGGCACUGCCUGGAGCUCACCAGAAGGUGCUUUAUGAUGGUCCUCGGUUUGUCUCUCAGAGGGCUUGGUCACCUCUGCCAUGAGGCUGGACUGCAGCUGUGGUGGCAAGUGACCAGAUGUCACUGAGCAGCCUGACCAUGGUCUAGGCAGUGCGUGAAUGCAUCCACUUGGCUUCCUUUCGUCACUGAAUUUCAAGAAGACAGACUCCAGGAGGCGGCUUGGCCAGGCAGGAGUCUGUCCUGAGGGCGGGCAAGCCGCUGUGGAUGGGUGACGGCACUUGGGACCGGCCUGGCGAGGGCCAUGUGCUUGAAUGCACCGUGCUUCUGUUUUCUCACUGUGCUGCUUGUGU